UCCUUCUCCGGAUUCGUUUUACAUCUACUGCUUACUACCAAAGGUCUGAAGUUCCAGACUUUUAGUUUCUGUGCACUGCAGUGCUCAAUGAAAAGCGUAAACUGUUUUGUUUUGGCAUACGUAUUUUGCACUGCGUUGAGAAGCCAGACUGGCGGUUAAAAAUGUUUGCUUUCACAAGAGCAGAAACAGAUUACUAAAGUGGUGCAUAAUUAAUUAUUUAUGUAUAAUUCCAACUGUUACAGUUUGUAAAGUACCGGAUUCCUUGAAUCCCACUGAUUCCGUAGCAAUAUGCGUAUAUUAAUAGUUUCGUUUCUUUCUGCCUUGUUUUCUGGGAAAUGGAGUGUUAUCACCAUGGGCAUGCACUGGAAGCAAGCAAGCCCUAGUUCAGAUUUUGGAGUGCGUAGACCGAAUAUCGUAAUUAUUACAUGCGAUUCCUUUGAUGGAAGGUUGACGUUCUACCCAGGAAACACUACAGUUGCUCUUCCUUUUGUUAAUUUUAUGAACAGCUAUGGUGCUAACUUUCUAAAUGCCUACACCAAUUCUCCAAUAUGCUGUCCUUCUCGAGCAGCUCUCUGGAGUGGUUUGUUUGCUCAUUUAACUGAAUCCUGGAACAAUUACAAGUGCUUAGAGAAAGAUUACCCUACAUGGAUGGAUGUUCUAAAGCAGCAUGGUUACCUGACACAGAUGUUUGGGAAGCUUGACUAUACAUCAGGGCACCAUUCACUUAGCAAUCGUGUCGAAGCCUGGACCCGAGAUGUGGAAUUUUUGCUUAGACAAGAAGGCAGACCUGUGGCAGAGGUAACUGGUAACCAGACAACAGUAAGAGUCAUGGAGAAAGACUGGCAGAAUACAGACAGUGCAUCAUGCUGGUUAAGACAUGCUGCAGUCAGCCAAACUCAACCCUUUGCUUUGUAUUUGGGAUUAAAUUUACCACACCCUUAUCCAACACCAACUAUGGGAGAAGAUUUUGGCUCAUCAACUUUUCUCACAUCUCCAUAUUGGCUUAAAAAGGUUUCCUAUGACGCUGUUACCAUUCCAACAUGGCUUCAUCUGUCUGACUUUCAUCCAGUGGACUAUUACUCCUCUUACACCAAAAACUGUACCAGCAAUUUCACAGAGCAGGAGAUCAGAGAUAUACGAGCACAUUAUUAUGCAAUGUGUGCUGAGACAGAUGCCAUGCUUGGGGAGAUUCUUUCUACACUUGCUGAGACUGGACUUCUACAAAACACAGUGAUAAUUUUCACAUCUGACCAUGGAGAACUUGCUAUGGAGCACCGCCAGUUCUACAAGAUGAGCAUGUACGAAGGAAGUUCACACAUUCCAUUCAUAAUGAUGGGGCCAAACAUCAAAGGGGGUCAGCAGAUUUCCAGUUUAGUAUCACUUGUGGAUGUUUAUCCCACUCUGCUAGAUAUAUCUGGAAUACCCCUUUCUAAGAACUUGAGUGGAUUUUCCCUGCUUCCGCUGUUGUCUCAGAGGUCGCAGGAAGAGACAACUCCAGAGAAGGAGCACCCUGACUGGAUAUUUAGUGAGUUUCAUGGGAGUGAUGUAAAUGCUUCAACCUACAUGCUUCGAAUAGGCAAGUGGAAAUAUAUAACAUAUGGUGAUGGAUAUUCCAUGCCUGCUCAGCUCUUUGACUUGUCUUCUGAUCCAGAUGAGCUAAAGAAUAUGGCUGCAGCAUUCCCAGACAUCAGAGAUGCUAUGGACAAGAAACUCCAUUUGAUAGUAAAUUAUACUGCUGUCUCCACAUCUGUACAUCAGUACAAUAAGCAACAGUUUAUUAGUUGGAAAGAGAGUUUAGGACAGAACUAUAGUACUGUUAUAGCAAACCUCAGAUGGCAUCGGGACUGGCAGAAUGACCCACAGAAAUAUGAACAUGAUAUUGAAAUGUGGCUUAAGGGAAAAUCUUAAACGUGAACAUUCUAUUGAUAUGUGGUUUAAGUGAAAUCUUAAGUCAUUGUAAGUCACUGCGUAUACAGAUGUCUUUAUUACUUGCAUGCGGCGUGCUUUGAGAAGACUCAAGCAUUUAAUGCAUAAGUUAGGUAAUUUAGAAGUCGCAUCAUAUCACUACCUGGGAUGGUAUUAUUUGGCCAAUGUAUGUCUUAUAUGUGUACAUUGGUAAUAUAUCAGACAUAGAGUGAGAGAGAGAGUGAUGGAUGCCCCCCUCACACACACACACACACACACACACACACACACACACACACACACACACACACACACUCGCCCCUUUAGUUUAGGUUUGUUGUUCUUUUCUGUGAUAAACCCAAAGAUGAGCACUUUAAUAAAUUAACUGUACUAUCAAUCACUUCAGAAACUGUCUUGUGCAGCUGUGCCUUGUGGGACUCUUUUAUUAUAUUAAAACUUGCAUUGUGAACACCAACUGCAUUAAGUAAAGUUACACAUUGUUAACAGUGGAGUUGCCAAAAGGGGAGCAGUUAGCCAAUAAAUCUGUAGAACUGUGAUAAUAGUAAAAAAAAAAACAGUAGACGGCAAAACACUUAAAAGAGGGUUUCCCCCUUUCCUCCAAGACAGAACACCCUAGAGUCUUAAGUAAGAGUAGAGUUGGCACAGCCCCUUCCAUAUAAAAUAUGGGAAGUUGACUUUGCCCAUUUUUUCCUUUGGUCAUCUUUUUUGGAUGAAACCAAAAUGUGCCCAGUUUGCCAGCAGCUGACAAACCUUGACCUCAAUAUAGAACUUUGUCUUCUGGUUCAUCCAUUCAUCCUAGAUUUCCAAGGGUCUUAAAAGUGCCUGUUAGGCAUGAAAGUGCUUAUUGUGUAUUGAAGUCAAGUUUUAUUACUUUGGUCAUGUUAGCUCUCUCUUCUGUUUUAUCUUUCUUCUGAUUUAACGUAAUGCUAUUGAUAGGCAAGCUGAUUUCCUUUUUUGUACUCUUCUAAGAAUAAGUGGAACGAAUAUGUCUUGCACAUGCCCCAUCAUUACAAAGUCUUACACCUGCAGUGGGAGACAGCAACAGAACAGGCACUUCUGAAGGGCCUAAAAUAGAAACUGCAAAUUCAUAGAUGAAACCAAUUAAGUAAAGAGUUGCACUAAGAACAUGAUGUUAUUCUAACAGAGUCAAUAAUAUAUCAGGUUUUAGGCUAAAGUAAAAACUGCAGUAAUUGAUGUAGACCUAAUAAAGUCGUGUCAUAUAGACUUCCCUACUCAGCUUUCACACUAAGAAUAUAUAGUCUUAACUCUACCAAAAAGCAAAACAAAGUCAAAUUAAUGCAGUCAUAUAGAGUGAUAAAAUAUAUAGCUCAUGUGCCACAUAACACAGACGAGGUAUUGCACAGAUAUUCCUGAAUGGCUUACCAUUGCAGUAGCCUAAGCUAUUUAGCUAUUACCUCUCUCCUCCACUGGCAAGCUUUUCAAAGCUUUGGGUAUCAUCUAUGUGCUUCAACUGCCUUGGAGUACUUAAGGCAGUUCCUAUAAAAGACAGAUGGGGUGCCAAAUUCCUUCUGUGCAUUUUUUUGCUGCUGAAGUGAGUGCUUCAUUGGCAGGCUACAAUGUUCUCUCAGAUAAUUAGCAAUCUUUCUACAGCUGGGCAGAUAAGUCUCCAUUAUGGAAAGCCUUCCUAUUUUAUUAAUCUUCUGACUAAAAAUUAACCUUUCUUGUCAAAAUUAUUACUUUUACUAAGGAACAAAGUGACUUGGGCUGCUUUAGCACUGGAGCAAUGGAGCUGUUAUGUUGAUGCUUGUGUAAAUAUUUUAUGAGGAAAACAUUUUUUUGACAAAAAUAUCAUUUUUAUUUAAGUUUUGUGUAUUGGGACAUAAUAUUGUGCUUGUGUGAGACUUUUAGUGGUUUAUCUACCUUGGAACUACUUUUUCUCUGCUUUUCUUCAUACUGACUCAUCUGGCAUUCAUUUCCCACUAUUCAGACCUCUUUCCCAGAUUAUCAGUGGGGCAGCAAUUAGUCUCCAUGGUUCUUAAUGCUUCACCAUGCAAAAAGGAAAAAAACUUUUUAGAGAGUCUUUGAGGGUUAGUUCGACUACUAGCUUGCCUUAGCUGUGGGUGGGUGGCUCUGCUGAGGCCGAUAGUUGUUCCUCAGGCCACCCAUCUUGUUUCCUCGGUUCUGUUGGUAUAACCGUCCAGGCCAAUAAAGACAAGGGGUCAACCACAUCCCCUGCAUCUGUAGGAAUGCCUUUAGCAGGCAGGGGAGAGAUACUUUUGUUGUUGUCUGGGGUAUGAGCAGGUGAAAGGGUCUUUACUUGGCAGAGAAGGGGAUUUUGUAUGCUGGGACCAGUGUGCCUAAGAACCAGACAUUGUUAAGGGAGAAUGUGCUUAGUAAGAAAAACUCCCAGUCACCAGUUUCUAUUUCUGAGGAUGGGGCAGAUUAACUGGGGUUUGCCAAAGAAUUGAUUAUUGCUUUUUCCUCAUCUUUUCAACCUACUAGGAGAAAAAGAAAAAAGUUCCUUCUCAUUCUAACAUCAUUUUUCAGUCAGAAAAGUGGCCAGUAUAUGGGGAGGGGCAUAGUACUGCUUCAGAAUUCUUUGUUGAAGAAAUUUCUUUCUUUGACAUUUUACUUAACAUGCAUGACGUGUUUCAGUGGGGUCAGAAGGAAACAUCUAUAGCAAAAAAAAUGUAUUAUGAUUUGUUGAAGGUACAGAAAACUAAAGCCACACCAUUCCUCCUAUAUUGCUGGCUUUAGAAAAUGUUUUUCUCACUGCAACAAUCAUCCCUUAUGAGCAACCUUUCUAAGAGGUAUGACAUGUUCAAUGGUGAUGGAUAGGUUGACAGACAAGAUCAGACAGGAGUCCCUGUGGACUAUGAUGUUUGCA